AGACGCUCAAAGAAACAACAAGACAAGAUACACAAAAAAUAUGGAGAUUUGCAAAUUUCUUACCUUGAUAUUCUUGGCCAUUGUCGUUCUCUACUCCGUCCAGGCGACAGCACAAGGAGGCCGCGAUCCUCAAUUGACGUCUUGCAUGGAAAAACUUAUGUCGUGUCAGCCGUACAUACACGCGGUAAACCCGCCGCCUCCACCGUCGUGUUGCGGGCCAAUGAAAGAGAUCGUGGUGAACGACGCGCCGUGUCUAUGCGCCGUUUUCAACAACCCGGCGAUACUCGAAACACUAAACCUCACCAAAGAAAACGCUCUUGAUCUUCCUAAAGCAUGUGGAGCUAAUCCUGACAUCUCACUCUGCUCCAAAACCGCUUCUUCGCCGCCUACUGCGCCGCCAGGACCAACCAGCGGAUGCUCUUCCGUUCAAGCUGUCAGCUACAUUGGACUUAGCUUUCUGCUUGCUUUUGUGGCAAGAAUCUUAUAUUGAUUAUUUCAUAUGUCAGUUUUUUGUCAUCAUUUUAUAUAUUUGGCUCUAUGUAUUGUUAAUGUUUCAUCUUUAUACAUGUUUACAUUGUUGAAUUCUCAAUUUCGGUUCUAUUUUGAAUUUUCUAUAAAUAGGUUGGA